GUAUUAACAAGAAUGCCCCAAUCCCCGCGUCCACUUCUCCUUCUCCUUCCACGUCUCGUCUCUCUCUUACCAUGAAGACUCUUCUACUCUCUCCUCUCCCUAGCCCCCCUUUCGCUCCGCCCAAAACCACACAUGCUCCCCUCUCCCCCUCUCCUCACGCCCUCUCAUCCUCCGCCGUGACCCCCUCCUCCCCCUCCACUGCCGUCGUCAUCGGCGCCGGCCUCUCCGGCCUCGCUGCCGCCACCCACCUCGCCUCCGCCUCCGUCCCGUUCGUGCUCCUCGAGGCCUCCGACGCUGUCGGCGGCCGCGUCCGCACUGACUCCCUCAACGGCUUCCUCCUCGACCGCGGCUUCCAAAUCUUCCUCACUGCCUAUCCCGAGGCCCGCCGGCUGCUCCAUUACCCCUCGCUCCGCCUCCGCCAAUUCUACCCCGGCGCCCUUGUCUUCCACGACGGCCGCCUCCACCGCGUCGCCGACCCUUUCCGCCUCCCCCUCUCAGGCCUCGCUUCCCUCCUCAACCCUAUCGGUUCCAUCCCUGACAAGCUCCUCGUCGGCGUUGCCCGCCUCGCUGCUGCCUCUCGCACCGACGCCGAUCUCCUCUCCGCCCCGGAGACCACCAUCGCCCAACGCCUCGGUGCUGCCGGCUUCUCCCCCUCCAUCGUCGAGCGCUUCCUCCGCCCUUUCCUCGCCGGCAUCUUCUUCGAUCCGGACCUCGCCACCUCCUCCCGCCUCUUCGACUUCAUCUUCAAGUGCCUCGCCCUCGGCGACAACACCCUCCCCUCCGCCGGCAUUGGCGCCAUUCCAGAGCAGCUUGCAGCCCGGCUUCCCCCAGGGUCGCUCCGCCUCCGAUCCCGGGUAGCCGCCGUCGAUCCGGGCGGCGAGUCCGUGACGCUCGAGUGCGGCGAAGUGGUCUCCGCCGACCUGGGAGUGAUCGUAGCCGUCGAACAGCCGGAGGCAGAGAGGCUUGUGGCCCAAUUCCUGCCGCCCAGGAAGGACAAAACCGGUGCGAUUCGGAGCACGGUUUGCCUCUAUUUCUCGGCCGACCGGGCGCCGGUCACGGAGCCGAUCCUGAUCCUGAACGGCUCCGGCGAGGGAAUCGUGAACAACAUGUUCUUCGCGAGCAACGUGGUGCCGUCGUACGCGCCGGAAGGGAAGACGCUGGUGUCAGUGUCGCUGGUGGGGGCGUUCCCGGAGCGGUCAGACGACGAACUGGCGGCGGAGGUGGUGCGCGAGCUGGCUGGGUGGUUCAGGCCGCAGGAUGUCGGCGCGUGGAGGCACCUGCGGACGUACCGGAUCGGGUUCGCGCAGCCUGACCAAACGCCGCCGACGAACCUGACAGCACGGGAGCCGAGGGUCGGGGCGGGGCUGUAUCUCUGCGGCGACCACUGGAGCUCCGCCACCUUCGACGGGGCGCUGGUGUCCGGGCGGAAGGCUGCGGAGGCGCUCCUCAGAGACCGCGGCAUGGUGCAGGCGUGACCGCCGGGCCUCCAUUUAUCCGUUCUAUUUGAUUCGUUUCCGUAUAAAUUGAUCGUUCAGAUGUAUGUAUGAAUACGUGUUUACGUACAUGAGCUCUUUCUUUUGCCGCCGAGAAUGCAAUGUCGGCAAGUGCUUGAUGGAAGAAUUUUUUGUAGCACAAUUUACCGACAUCACAAUUAGAACCAGCAGCGGAUUUCUCGA